AUGUACGGCGUUGCCCAUUUCCUCAAGAACUCCAAGAAGCCGGAAAUCAUUCCGAUUGUUGUCAUUCUCGGCGGUGCUUUGUCCGGUGCUGUCUACAUGAGUGUGCGUCAAGCCAGGGCUCCCGAUGUGGCAUGGGACCACAAGAACAACCCUUACCCGUGGCAAGAUAUCAAGGAGGGCGAGCAGGUCAAGCUGUUUGCUCUGAACCAAAAGUACGACGGUAGAUGGGAACGCACCAAGUGGUAA